UUGGAACGGUCCAGUUGGUUGGCGGGCGGCGCACGAGUCGAACUGUUCCCACGCGCGAUACGAUUAGCUCGGCGCUGAGUAACGUAACAUGAACGGGUCGCAUUUCUAUACGCGCCGCGCCUCGCCGCGCUCGCACCACCGAUAACAUCUGCGAAACCGAUAUUUAGGCCGGCGAUAGCGUGAUAGGGUUCGAAUUCGUGCGCGACAUUUCGCCGGCAUCGCGCGGCCAUGUGAUCGCUCCCCGACCGAUGGGAGCGAAAAUCGAACAAAAAAGCCGCCCGCUAAUGUCUACCCCUCCCGGCCGCUACAAAAAAGGGAUAAAAAGGUUAUUCUUGGAAUGCACACAUGUGGACGCCGGGUAAACGUGGGUGCUCGUAUUGAAUCUUCAGUGUUACUAAGAUGCCUCGGAGGAGCAGGUGGAUGCACCUCGCGGCGGGUGUCGCGCUCGGCGUCACCUUCGGCAUGUUCCUCAAGCUGUGUUUGAGGAGCUCGUCCAGGACCACCAUCGAGGCGUGUCCGGAAUCGGCCAAGCAGUAUGUCGAGCCCGACCCGCUGGCCCUGAUAGGCUUGCUGCCCAACGAGACUGUUCACAACUCGAACAGGACAUUAGUGUUCGUGGGUGUUAUGACAGCUGAACAAUAUUUAGGGUCGCGAGCGAAAGCUGUUUAUGAAACGUGGAGUGAGGACUUGCCGGGACGAAUAGCAUUUUUCAGUUCGGAAGUGUCGCGAGCACCGGGAUUGCCUUUAGUUCCUUUGCGUAAUGUGGACGACAGUUAUCCUCCGCAGAAAAAGUCAUUUUUGAUGUUGUUGUACAUGUAUGAGAAAUAUGGGGAUAAGUUUGAGUGGUUCAUGCGUGCUGACGACGACGUUUAUGUGAGAGGUGACAAGUUAGAGGAGUUUUUGCGUUCGGUGGACAGUAGAAAGCCGCAGUUUAUAGGUCAAGCAGGGCGCGGGACGAACGACGAGAGGGAUGCCUUGUCGCUGGACUACAACGAGAACUUCUGCAUGGGCGGGCCGGGGGUGCUUUUCUCGCGGGAGACUCUGAAGCGCGUGGCUCCGCACGUCAAGUACUGCCUGAAGCACCUGUACACCACGCACGAGGACGUGGAGCUGGGUCGCUGCGUCGCCAAGUUCGCCGGCGUGUCCUGCACGUGGAGCUACGACAUGCAAACAAUUCUCCACCACAACGGCAGCGGGGCCCUUGCCUACACGGGCAGACUCAAGAACAGAGAAGUCCACAGAGCCAUCACCCUCCAUCCUGUGAAGGACCACAGGCAGAUGUACAGGAUACACUCGUACUUUAAGAACCUUCGCAUCCAAGAGCUUCGAGAACGUUCGCUGGACCUUCACCGCGAUAUCUCCUCGGCCAUGCACGAGCUGAACGUGCCUGAGGACCAGGUUGACGACUACCUGCUUCAAGAAGACGUGCCGCUGUUCCCAGCUAAACUUGGGGAGCCUGAGUACUUAGGGAACAAUAAGAUAUUAGGAGCUCCAAUAGACAUGAACCGCUACAAAUCGAACACGGUGGAAGACAUAGUGCCUUUCGAUUUCAUCAGCAAGUCUCUGUACUCCGCCAGUCACUCCAACCCGAAGAGACGGAUCGAAGGACCGCUCCGAGAAGCUCUCGACGAUGUUAUAAGAGAGGUGAUGGAGAUAAUAAACGCUCCGUCCCGGCAGCGCGGGCGCGUCAUCGACUUCAACGAGCUGCUGUACGGCUACACGCGCCUGCAGCCGCUGCACGGCGCCGACCACGUGCUGGACCUGCUGCUCAAGUACCGGCGCUACCGCGGACGCAAGAUGACUGCCGCCGUCCGGAGGCACGCCUAUCUGCAGCAGAGCUUUACUGGUAUGGAAAUCAGAGAACUGCCGAUGGGAGAUCCGCCGCCUUUUGAAGAUCCAGACAUAUUAGAUAAAGAUGAAGUGAACGCGAUCUCAGUUGAUUACGAGGACUUUGACGAGUCGCGCCAGCAGCAAGACAGCUUCCUCGAUAAAUUGAACGUGAGAGAAGCUCUCGAGAGCGGACUCAUGAAGUUACAGAAUUUGCCUAAAGUCUUAAGUUGGAAUAAUGAUGACGCAGAAGAAUAUUCUGUAUAUGAUAGGCGAAUACAUUUCAUAAUGCCACUGUCUGGCAGACAGGAAACUUUCGGAAGGUUCAUGAGAAACUACGAGGACAUCGUACUGAAAACCAAUGAGGCUGUAUCUCUGAUAGUUGUAGUGUACUUAGAUACUACUAGCCCUCUAGACUAUAAGAACACAGAAAAUUUAAUCAAUUAUUACAUCGAUCUCUACGGAAAACCUAUCAAAAUGGUACAAAUGGGAACAGAGACAUUCUCAAGAGGUGCUGCAUUAACAGAAGGCCUUAGACUCUGUUCAGGUGAUGAUUUAGUAUUCUUCAUAGACGUUGAUAUGAUGUUUAAUUUUGAUACGCUAAGACGAAUAAGAAUUCAUACUAUAAAAUAUCACCAAGUAUAUUUCCCCGUUGUAUUCAGUCAGUACAAUAAUGAAGUUGUUAACAGUGAUGAUUAUAACAAACUUAUAAAUGAUACUCCAGAAGAAGUCCAAGAUAUGGACGACAUGGAGGAGAAUGAGGAGCCUGUCGAAGAAGAAGUCAAAACAGAAAGGGAAUUGAUUAAUUUGAAGUACACUAAAGAAAUAGGAAAUGAUUUUGGAUACUUUAGGCAAUAUGGCUUCGGUAUUUUAGGUAUUUAUAAGUGUGACUUUGAACGCGUGGGAGGAUUUGAUUUAAAAAUCAAAGGUUGGGGAAUGGAAGAUGUUCAGAUGUUUGAAACAUUAAUAAAAUCGAAUUUGUCAGUGUUUAGAGCAGCAGACGACAGUCUCGUUCAUAUUUUCCAUGCGGUUAACUGUGAUAAAAACUUGGAGAGAUCUCAGUUCUUGAUGUGUCUUGGAACAAAAGCAUCUACGUAUGGCAGUGAAAAACAAAUGAUUUAUUACAUGUUGAAUCAUCCUGACGUAUUAUGGCCUGAAGUAAAUGAAGAAGAAGCUGCUAAAAAAGCCGAAGAAGAAAGACAGGCUGAAGAAGAAAAAAAAGCAGAAGAGCAAAGAAAAUUAGAAGCUGAAAAAAAAGCUGAAGAAGAGAAAAAAGCUAAAAUAGAAGCUGAAAAGAAAGCCGCGGAGGAAAAGAAAGCCGCCGAAGCGAAAGCUGAGGCUGAAAAGAAAGCGGAGGAAGAGAGGAAAGCAGAAGAAGCAAAGAAGGCGGAGGAUGCAAAAAAGGCCGAGGAAGUAAGGAAAUCUGAGGAAGCGAAGAAGGUUGAAGAAGCAAAGAAAGCAGAAGCAGAAAAACAGGCUGAAGCGGACAAAAAGGCUGAGGCUGACAAAAAAGCAUCAACAGAGAAGAAGGGUGCUAGAUAGUACAGGGUUAAAACAGUCUAAAUUAACGGUGCAAGUGAACUAAGUAAUUAAUGAUUUGUAUAAAUAUGAGUACGACUUCUAGUAUUUUUUAAUGGUUUAUCGUCCUUUUCUGUACAUAUUUGUGUUAGUUUGAAAAGGAAGUCAAGUCCGAGGUAUGUUAGACAAGAGAGAUUUUACAUUAUUUUCUAGGAAGUUAAAAUUUACAUAUAAUGGGAAAACAUUUUUCCUCGUAAUUGUUUUUACAUGAACGCCUUCCAUUGACUCACGUCAAACUAUCCUUGUACAUUUUAUCUUUAAUCUUAUUCUAUAAAAUAUUCCAAUCUUUAAUGAUGCAUUUAUUUCUAUUUUAUUAAUUUAGUACUCUCUUAUUUAUUUUAUAAUUUAUGCCUUUUGGAUUUAUGAGAGUCCAUGUUAUUGACAAUAUUUUUAAUCGAUAAAGUAAUUUGAAACUGCAAAUUAUACUAUAAACUGUACUGUAAUGUUUGGAAAUUAUUGCCUUGAUGUCCACAGCCUUUAUCUUACAUGAAGAUUAUCGUAAUGAAAUUGAAGCACUGAUGAAAACUGGACCUAUUUACUUGUUACAGACUUAACUUACUCCAGGUUUCUGCAGAAGUUUUCAACAAGCGUUGUCUCACUACAAGACAAAUAAUAUGAUCAAUGACAGCGCUUAAUAUCAGAUUUGAGAAGUUAUGAUUAUACUGAGUGACUCAUUAUUAAAGCAUGUUAAAGCAGCUGUGGACAGAAAGCUUUAGAUAAGAGUAAAGUAUAAUAAUUAUUUUGUUCCUAUAACGCAAACAAAUUAAACAAUUUUAAUCCUAUUCAUAAUCUAUCCAGUUGUGUAUUUACAGUAAUAUUUUUAUUGAAUUAUCAACCAUAUUUAUAUUGGAGUAUGAAGCAUUUUUGUGUGACCGUCGAUCGGUUUAAGGCUGAGCCUGUUACAUUAAUGUCACUGUAUAGUCUGUGAAGACCAAUGAGUCUUACAAUAGCAUAAUAUUAUAGUAUAGAGGAACUGUAUCAAGUUCAACGGUGUUCAACCAAACUACGUUAUUUCGCAUAAGUUUUGUAAAAUAUUUUCUUUCGUCCAUCUACUGUCCAUGUCAUACAAAAUACUCGUAACUUUGGUUGUGACAAAGCUUAUUUAUCAAAAACGUUCAAAAUAAGCUCAGGUUCGAAAUAGGCAAUAUCACUUAAAGGCAAUAUUACUUACUUUACUAUUAUUUAGGAGAAAUAUUGAAUUUGUGAUGCCCGGUUUUACGACGUAAGGUUCUUGAGAGAUUGUUUAAUUCUUAACUUGGAGUCUUUGCCAGAUACGUAAUUGUAAAAAUUAUUUAAACCUUGACCGAAUGUUUUGUACAGUUCAUUUAAGGUCUAAAUUGUUUUUAAAUAUCUCAAAUUGAGUAAAUGAAUUAUGUAUAUUCAGGCAAUUGAACACACUAUGAGUUGUCCUUUGUUACUCCUAAAAUAGUGUUGGUCUUUUGAGCCAAACAAAUGCAAGUAAACGUGAGCACUGAGCAGUAUACACCAUAAAGAUUGUUGGUUGUGUAAAUAUCUCGUCGGCCUGGCAUCAUUCUGCCAUCAACUAGUGAUCCAUCUUCGUCUCCAACCCAAUGUUCUGUCAUAAUACGUAAAAAUAAGUAUUAUUUUUAAAUAAAUGUAAAUAAUCAUGUACAUUGUUAAUAUUGUGCUCACUAAGUGCCAACCCCUAGUAUUUUAAGUAGAACAAUGAACGGAAGGCAAAACGUAUGUAUAUUGAAAUUAUUUCGUGUUGAUAUUAAUGUUAAUAUUGAAAAUUGUAUUGUGAUUUGAAAGUGAUGAAAUUAAUCGAAAUAGUAUGGAAAAUUAAAUAUAUUUUGUGAUGAA